AUGUCCACGGCAUCGGCCCCGCAAGAUGCAGACGUGUCCCUCUACCUGCACGCCGAGCUUCUACCCAACAUCCGCCAAAUCACCCUCUAUGUCUCGCUCCCUCAAACCCCAACCUUAGAAGGGACCCGACCGGAGAUCCAGUUGUCAGAAUCAUGCAAAUCUGUCACAGUCUCACUCCCUGAGCCAUUUGAUCAUGUGGCAGAGACCAUCAAGCUGCCGGCACGCGUCACCGACACGACGAGGCGGACCUUGAAUAUCAACACAGCUGCCUCUAGCCCCCCAAAAGCCUGCCAGCUCCAGCUAUGA